CUCUUUGGUUCUUCUUCAUCUCUGUUACUUGUUAAGUUUCUGGAUAUCGGAAUCGGGAUUGAUCGGAAUUUCCGAUGUUUAAUCAGUUCGGUGCCACGGCGGAGACGCUGAGUAAGGCGUCGGCGGUGGUUCUCCGGAUCGGAACCGACGCUCAUUUGUAUGACGAUCCCGAGGACGUCAGCAUCGCUCCGCUUCUCGACAGCAAGUUCGACUCCGAGAAGUGCGAGGCUCUCAAGCGCGUCCUCGCUCUCAUCGCUCAAGGAUUCGAUGUCUCCAAUUUCUUUCCUCAGGUGGUCAAGAAUGUGGCGUCGCAGUCAUUGGAAGUGAAGAAACUAGUAUACUUGUAUCUACUGCAUUAUGCUGAAAAGCGUCCAAAUGAAGCAUUGCUCUCGAUCAACUAUUUCCAGAAGGAUUUGGGGGAUCCAAAUCCAUUGGUUAGGGCUUGGGCACUCCGUACCAUGGCGGGGAUUCGUUUACAUAUAAUUGCACCUCUCGUGCUUGCAGCUGUGGGGAAGUGUGCAAGGGAUCCUGCAGUUUAUGUCCGAAAAUGUGCUGCAAAUGCUCUUCCAAAGUUGCAUGACUUGCAGCUAGAAGAACAUGCUCCUGCAAUUGAAGAGCUUGUUGGGAUAUUGUUGAAUGAUCAUUCUCCUGGAGUUGUUGGAGCAGCAGCAGCAGCAUUCUCUUCUGUCUGCCCCAAUAACUUUGAACUGAUCAGAAGGAACUAUAGAAAAUUGUGUGAGAUUCUUCCUGAUGUAGAAGAGUGGGGCCAGAUAGUACUUAUAGGAAUUCUUUUGCGAUAUGCCGUUGCAAGGCAUGGACUUGUACGGGAAUCAUUGAUGUUGUCUCCACAUAGUUUGGGCAAUGGCUUCUGCAAGAAGGAUGGUUUAGGCAAGGAGCUUGUGAUGGAUAAAGGAGACGGUGAUAUGAAUGGGUCAUUAGACUCUGAUCUGGUUGGCAUGGUCAUCAAAUGUUAUGUUGAAGGACCAGAUGAUUACCUAUCACGGUCUAGUUGCCAUGACACAGUUUCAUCUGCUUUUGGUAGAAAAGAUAGCACAUCUAUUGCAGAUAAUGAUGGUGUGAAGAUUCUGCUUCAAUGUACAUCACCUUUGUUAUGGAGUAACAAUAGUGCGGUUGUACUGGCAGCAGCUGGUGUUCACUGGAUUAUGGGACCUAAGGAAGACGUUAAAAAAAUUGUUAAACCACUCUUGUUUUUGCUUAGAUCAUCCAGUUCCUCCAAAUAUGUGGUCCUCUGCAAUAUUUUAGUGUUUGCUAAAGCAGUGCCCUCUCUGUUUGCUCCACACUUUGAAUAUUUCUAUAUCAGUUCCUCAGAUGCAUAUCAGGUUAAAGCAUUGAAGCUGGAGAUACUUUCUCUUGUCGCUACCAGUUCAUCUAUUUCUUCUAUCUUCAGAGAGUUUGAGGAUUAUAUUGGAGAUCCAGACAGGCAGUUUGCGGCUGAUACAGUUGCAGCAAUUGGUGUAUGUGCAAAGAGAUUACCAAAUAUUCCAACUUCAUCCCUUGAUGGAUUGUUAGCUCUAAUUGGACAGGAAUCUUUUGCUGGCAAUAUUGAAUCCAUGGAUGGAGAAGCUGCAGUAUUGGUUCAAGCUGUAAUGUCGGUUCAGACGAUCAUAGAACAAGAUCCGCUAAGUCAUGAGAAAGUGAUAAUUCAAUUGUUCCGUAGUCUUGAUUCAAUCAAGGUGCCGGCUGCUCGUUCAACUAUUAUCUGGAUGGUGGGGGUAUACAGCUCUUUGGGGCAUAUCAUUCCUAAAAUGAUGACCACAGUAAUUAAGUACCUUGCAUGGAGCUUUAAGUCAGAGGCAUCGGACACGAAACUUCAGAUUCUUAAUACUACUGCUAAGGUAUUAACAAGCGCAAAGGGUGAAGACUUUCUGACGUUGAAAAGGAUUGUGAGCUAUGUGCUUGAAUUGGGUGAAUGUGACCUGAAUUAUGAUGUGCGUGAUCGGACUCGUUUCCUCAGAAAACUGCUGUCCGACAAGUUAGCUUCUCAUGAGCGAGGGGGAGAUGAUGCCGAACCUCAGGAAAAUUUCACUGCAUAUGUUGCAGAACAUGUAUUUGGGAGAAAGCUGGGACCUUUUUCACCUAAGCCCUCUCACCAUCGGUUUUAUCUCCCCGGAUCUCUGUCGCAUAUAGUUCUUCAUGCAGCUCCUGGGUAUGAACCUCUUCCGAAGCCUUGUAGUUUUGUGUUUGAGGAACAUGAUCAGUUGUCAGAUUUAAGAAGACAACGAGAUGUUGCAACUGAUUCGGAUGGUUCUCGAGGAUCUUCGGGAACAAUUGAUGAUUACGGUUCUGAAUCUGCUACUGAUUCAGUUCCCAGCAGUGACAGUGAUGAAAGUACUCCCUCAAAUGAAGCCAGGGACACGCCAUAUCCAUUAAUUCAGAUAUCAGAUUUUACUGAAUCUUCUACAAAUCAAGGUGGUGGUUCUGUCUCUAACUCUGCGGAUCUCGAAGAACUAAGGUCGAGAAAGGCCCUGGAUAUGUGGUUAAAUGAACAGCCUAGUACAUCGACUGAAAAUUCAUCAGUUUCAACUAGGAAUCAGAGCUCUUAUGCAAAAAUAUCCAUUGGUGAUAUAGGAAGCAGAGUGAAGCCAAAAACCUAUACUCUUUUGGAUCCUGCAAAUGGCAAUGGCUUGAAGGUGGAUUACGCCUUUCUAUCUGAAGUUUCCACUGUAUCCAUGUUGCAUGUUUGUGUAGAAAUUGUAUUCGAGAAUAGCUCUUCUGAACCUAUCCUGGAGGUAAAUUUGGAGGAGGAAGAAACAAAUAAGGCAUCGGACUCUGUGGACCAGGCUUUGGUUGAAAAGGGGAGCAUAUCUCAAGACAAUGUGCCAACGUUAGUGCCUAUGGAGGAAAUUAAUCGUCUCGAUCCUGGUGAGAGAGCAAAGGGAAUUAUCCAGGUCCGCUUUCAUCACCACCUGCUUCCCUUGAAGUUGGCCUUACGUUACAACGGGAAGAAGGUUCCUGUCAAGUUGCGGCCUGAUAUUGGGUACUUUGUGAAACCAUUUUCGAUGAGCGUUGAGGCGUUUAAAGAUACCGAAUCGCGCCUUCCGGGAAUGUUCGAGUAUACCAGGAGAUGUACGUUCACAGGCCACGUUGGAGAUGAGAGCACCGAAGCGAAAGACAGAUUUCUAUGGAUAUGUGAGAGUAUUGGGUUGAAGAUGCUUAGCAAUUCAAAUCUAUUCCUUGUGUCAGUGGAGAUGCCAGUUGCAAACAACCUGGAAGAUGCAACCGGUCUGUGUUUGAGGUUCGGAAGCAAGAUCUUGAGCAGUGAAAUCCCUCUCUUGAUUUCCGUAACUGUCGAGGGUAGAUGCUCAGAACCACUCAACCUGACCAUCAAAAUCAACUGCGAGGAAACCGUCUUUGGCUUGAACUUGUUGAACAGAGUAGCUAAUUUCUUGGCGGAUCCGUGAAAAAGAUGUCCAAAUCUGAGAUUUAUAUUUAUUUAGUUCGCGUGGAUUGUUUUGAGUGAUGUGGCAUCAAGGGGUGUUCUUAUGUUCAACACUGAUGGACCAAGAGCUGUUGUUGUUAUAAUCCCA